UUUAAGAGCGGCUCACGCAGUCCCACACAAGUGUAGUUUCACAGAUGUGGCUCUGGCAGCGCACACUUUUACACUGUUGAACCUCUGCGCGCCAGGCCCACAUCUGGAAACGUUGCAUCACAGCAGCAGCAAAUGUCCCGGAUCGAAGGGAGAAGCUGAGACGGAUUUUUUUUCUAUCGGCAGAGGCAAACAAAACUCGGCAGCAAAAAAAGAGGAUAGAGCUGCGACGCUGUCACUUAAAUCGCUUUGGUGAAAUCUGCGAGUAGAUUGUGAUGGGAUCUGAAGAAUAGACGGGAGCAUUGUCAAACUGUUUGUCUGCAUUGAAUGAACAGAGCUGAGCGUUGAAGAGAGAUGCCGGUGCCCCCACCACCACCACCUGCACCCCCUCCCCCUCCCCCACCCCCCACCUUUUCUGUGGCAAACACAGAGAAGCCUAGUCUGAACAGAGGAGAGCAGCAGGGGAGGAACGCUCUCCUCUCCGACAUCCACAAGGGAGCGCGACUCAAGAAGACCGUCACCAAUGACAAGAGUGCACCCGUCCUGGACAAACCGAAAGGAGGUGGAGGAGGAGGAGGAGGAGGUGGCGGAGGAGGAGGAGGUGGAGGAGGAGGAUUUGGGGGAGGAGGAGGAGGAGGAGGAGGAGGACUGGGAGGUCUCUUCCAGGGCGGGAUGCCCAAACUGCGCUCGGCAAACAGAGAUGGCAAUGACUCUGGUGGUUCUGCGCGCCCUCCUCUGCUGCCCCCUGGUGGCCGUUCAGCAGGCCCGCGGCCGUUUGGAGGAGGUGGAGGUGGCGGAGGAGGCGACAGUGACAUCAGCCACGCCCCUCGCCUGCCCGUCCCCAAGAGCAGCGUGAUGGACACCCCUCGCUCCCGUGGUAUCCCUCCACCCCACCCCGGUGGUGGCGCUGGCCCUCCGCCCGUGCCCAAUACCCCACGCCCCGGUGCCGGAGGAGGGGGCAUGGGGGGCAGGGGACCCCCUCCGUUACCCGGAGGUGGACGCCCCACUUCCUCAGCUCCCACCCCCCCGCCACCCGGCCGACACGGCGGGGGCCCACCGCCCCCCGUUCCAGCCUCGACAGGUUUCGGCCGCCAGCCCUCCAGCCCUGCGCCACCCCCCUCCAGUCGACCCCCCUUACCCCCAGCGCCAAGACCCGGGUCCGAGGACCGGCCCCCGCCUGUUCCCUUGGGCAACAGACCAUCUCUGCCCCUCCCACCGGACGCGCCGCCACCUCCCCCGCCCGCCUUCAACAACAAGCCCGCCCCGCCGCCCUCGUCGUCACGCCCCAGUCCCGGAGGAGGAGGUGGGGGUGCGCCGCCUCUGCCCCCCGGGCGGCCCGGACCCCCUCCGCUGCCCCCGACACCCGGGGGGCCUGCUGAUGAUGUCACGCCGCGGCUGCCGCAGAGGAACCUGUCCCUCAACUCCGCUCCCGCGCCCCCUCCUGCCCGCUCGGGCCCCCUGCCACCGCCCCCCAGCGAGAGGCCACCACCCCUGGGCAGGAACUCCUCCGCACGCACAGGCCCUCUCCCUCCACCUCCCCCGUCAGGCCGCUCGGGAGGCAGCAUCAGGUCUUCGCCAGCGCCCCCCAGCCCCAGCCGCCCCCCGGGGGGUGACUCCCGCAGGGACUCUGCCCACAGACCCCCCCUGCCCCCUGACAGACCGGGCGUCGGCGGAGCACCGCCUCCACCCCCACCCAUGGGCAACGGCUUCCAGAACCACCACCACCAUGCAGAUGAGUGGGAGUCCCGCUUCACCUUCCGGCCCAUAUCGGAGCUCCCGCCCCCUGAGCCCUACGUGCCCUUCCAGAAGACCUAUCCCAGCAAGAUGGCCGGGAAGAGUGACGGACGAGGUUCAGGGAAAAAGGAGCGGGGUGCACCUCCCCUGCCCCCCAUCCCCAGGUGAAGGAGAACUUCACUUCCAGGGGAGUUCCAGCUACUCUCUCUCUCCAUCUCUCUCUUGCCAUCUCUUCUUUUUUUUCUUUCCAUUGCCCCCCUCCCCCUCUCUCUUAAUCUUUUGUACACUUUCUUUGUUUUCUCUGUUCGGUUCGUUUUACCCAGCCGUUCCACUCUUGUCUUCCACUGUUGCUGUGGAAAUAACAUUCCCUUGGACACUCGCCUCAAGAAGAAAACGGCGACGGGGAGCUCACAGGGAGCUCUGGUCUCAUGCUGGGACUGCCAUUCUAUCACUCUGCUCCCUCUGGCUCUCAGCUCCACACACACACACACACACACACACACACACACACACACACACACACACACACACACACACACACACACACACACACACACUGUAUUUUUCUAUCAAACAUCACACACAAGCCCACAUACAGUGUGGUUCUCUCUCA